AUGACAUUCGUUAUUCUAGAGUACCUAUUGGCUGCGGUGAAGCUUCUGCUUGCCAUUUCACCGUUGUUGCUUAUUGUCGCUAUUUUCGUGUUGAACAAGAACUGGAACCAACGUUCAGCUGACAGUUCAUCAACUGGUGUCCGUAAUGCGUAUAUCGAUUCUGAUUACGAUGAUGAAACCAAGGAGGACUGGUAA